AGCGCAUGUGGAGAACUUCCUGCGAUUCCUCAUAUGGAAGUGGAAUCUCAACGUAAUAAUUAUAUGCACGGUGAAAGUGUCACAAUUAAUUGUAAGGAAGGAUACGUCGCUCAGUUUGUUCGCUUAACGUGUGAUGAGGGAAAAUGGAAUGACAGUGAAACAUCACUCGAAAAAAUCUGUCAACCUAUUCUCAGUCACUGUGCUCCCCCGCCUAAAGUUGCUAAUGCUGUUGUUGUGACUUCACGUCAGAAGGAAUACACGUCUGGCUCUGAAGCAACUUAUCAAUGCCGUGAUCGAUAUACAAUCAAGGGAGUCGCCACAGUUACAUGCAUCAAUGGGACAUGGGGGGAGAGGAACUUUACGUGCACAUCUAAUGGCAAUCCCUGCCCUAACCCACCUGAAGUUGCACAUGCUGUUGUUGACACUUCAGAUCAGACGGAAUACACGUCUGGCUCUAAAGUAACUUAUCAAUGCCGUGAUCAAUAUACAAUGGAGGGAGUCGGCAGAAUUACUUGCAUCAAUGGGCAAUGGGAGGAGGAGAAGUUUACAUGUAGUCCUACACGUACGUACAUCCAAAA